CUCUCAUAGCAAUUACACCUUUCUCUCCCACCAUUAAAUGCAAUUGCACCCUCUCAAUACGCUCUGCAAUUACUCCUCGCUGCCAUACUUUUCUCCCUCUGCCCCCCUUUCCCCUUCCUUGGCCUUCUCCCUUUCCUGAAUCACUUCUCUUCAUCUUCAUCUUCUUCUCCUUCCUCUUCUUCACCUUCAACUUCCAAAACCUAUUAGUACUACAUACCAUAUACAAACCUCUAAUAACCAAAACCCGUACGCCGGAAAACCACUUUUUGUGUCACCAAACAGUGGUUUCCCGGCACCAAGUUCAGCCCAAAUCCAGAUCCAAAGCCCCUCUCUUUCUAGGGCUUUUGAUCAGGCGCACGCAACAUCAUAUACAUACACUGCUAGGUCACGACAAGCAAAUAAGGAAACUUGGGUGUUACUGUUGCAUACUCCGAGAUAUUCGUGGGCGUUAUGUGUGUUUUUUCAUUUGGGUCUAGACUGAUUUUUGGUCCAUCAAAAGCCGUAUAACAAUCGUCAACCCUUAUCUCAAUUUCUUCAUAUUCUCUCUCUAUUUCUUCACCUACGUACAAAACCAAAAAAAACCAGAUAGAUAUGGCUUAAGAGUAAGUGUGAGAGUGUGCAAAGACAAAACCCCAUUUUGUCAGCUCCUUGUCUCUUUGUUUUUCAUAUGAAAAGAUCGCUUUAGCCCUUUGUCCAGAUCAGCCUCGCAGAACCUGAAACAAGCUCAAAUAGAACACCUCCUACAUUGAUGUGUGAGAAAUUAUAACCUCUAAAAAAUUUGCAAAUUCAGGUUUAUAUUUGGGCAUUUUCCGGGGUUUGAAUUAUGCCGGCCGGGCUUAUGAUUCCGGCACGAAACAUGCCAUCGAUGAUUGGUAGCAAUGGGAAUAUUAGCGGCUUUGGAUCAUCUUCAGGACUCACUCUUGGUCAGCCAAACUUGAUGGAAGCUGGCCAUCUGCACCCGCUGGACAUGGCCCCAAACACAUCAGAGAGCGACAUUGCCCGAAUCCGAGAGGAUGACUUCGACAGCGCUACCAAAUCCGGCAGUGACAACCCGGAGGGCGGUUCCGGUGACGACCAAGAUCCUCGCCCGAAAAAGAAGCGUUACCACCGCCACACUCAGCAUCAGAUCCAAGAAAUGGAAGCUUUCUUCAAGGAGUGUCCCCACCCAGAUGACAAGCAGAGGAAGGAACUGAGCCGGGAAUUAGGUUUGGAACCAUUACAAGUGAAAUUUUGGUUUCAAAAUAAGCGCACCCAAAUGAAGACUCAGCACGAGCGUCAUGAGAACACACAACUUCGUAACGAAAACGAAAAGCUUCGUGCCGAUAACAUGAGGUACAGAGAAGCCCUAGGCAGUGCCUCUUGCCCCAAUUGUGGUGGCCCGACAGCUAUCGGAGAGAUGUCAUUUGACGAACACCAUCUGAGACUUGAAAAUGCUCGAUUACGAGAAGAGAUUGACCGUAUAUCAGCAAUAGCUGCGAAGUAUGUAGGCAAACCAGUUGGGAAUUACCCUCUUCUGUCUUCACCAGUUCCUUCUCGCAGUCCACUUGAUCUUGGGGUUGGGAGCUUCGGGGGUCAGCCGGGCAUGGCAGGAGAGAUGUAUGGAGGUGGAGACCUUCUGAGAUCUAUCAGUGGACCUAAUGAGGCAGACAAACCACUGAUAAUCGAGAUUGCAGUGGCAGCCAUGGAAGAGCUAAUCAGAAUGGCUCAAAUGGGUGAACCCUUGUGGAUGACCAGCCUUGAUGGCAACACCACCGUGUUUAAUGAAGAUGAGUAUAUCAGAACAUUCCCUCGUGUUGCUCCAAAACCAAGCAAUCAUUUCAAAUGUGAAGCUUCGCGCGAGAGCGCUGUUGUUAUCAUGAACCACAUCAACCUUGUUGAGAUUCUCAUGGAUGUGAAUCAGUGGUCGACUGUGUUUUCUGGGAUUGUGUCGAGAGCUAUGACUCUGGAAGUGCUGUCAACUGGAGUGGCUGGAAAUUACAAUGGAGCCUUGCAAGUGAUGACGGCAGAAUUUCAAGUACCCUCACCACUUGUUCCAACUCGUGAGAGUUAUUAUGUGAGGUACUGCAAACAGCAUAUUGAUGGCACUUGGGCUGUGGUAGAUGUCUCCUUGGACACUCUGCGCCCUAAUCCUGCACCAAGGUCAUGCCAAAGAAGGCCCUCUGGAUGUCUCAUCCAAGAAAUGCCAAAUGGAUACUCGAAGGUUACAUGGGUUGAGCAUGUCGAUGUGGAUGAACGUGGUGUUCACAAUCUGUACAAGCAGCUGGUUAACUCCGGCAACGCAUUUGGGGCAAAACGAUGGGUUGCUACCUUGGACCGUCAAUGUGAACGUCUUGCCAGUGCCCUGGCAUCAAACAUCCCUACUGGUGAUGUUGGUGUGAUUACAAAUCAAGAAGGCAGAAAAAGCAUGUUAAAAUUGGCUGAAAGGAUGGUCAUAAGCUUCUGUGCUGGAGUAAGCGCAUCAACCACUCACACAUGGACAACGCUGUCUGGGACCGGGGCUGAUGAUGUUCGGGUGAUGACCCGAAAGAGUGUGGAUGACCCUGGCAGGCCUCCCGGUAUUGUGCUCAGUGCCGCCACAUCUUUCUGGCUUCCAGUUCCUCCCAAAAGGGUAUUUGAAUUCCUCCGUGAUGAGAACUCUCGUAAUGAGUGGGACAUUCUUUCCAAUGGUGGAAUUGUUCAAGAAAUGGCACACAUUGCUAAUGGUCGCGACACUGGAAAUUGCGUCUCUCUACUGCGAGUAAAUAGUGCGAAUUCAAGCCAGAGCAACAUGCUGAUACUGCAAGAGAGCUGCACAGACCAAACAGCUUCCUUUGUGAUUUACGCUCCAGUGGACAUUGUUGCCAUGAAUGUGGUACUAAAUGGGAGUGACCCUGACUAUGUUGCUCUUCUUCCUUCUGGCUUUGCCAUCCUUCCAGAUGGAGGAGGCAUGGGGGAUUCUGGCUCUGGUGGUUCCCUUCUCACUGUUGCCUUUCAGAUUCUGGUUGAUUCUGUCCCCACCGCCAAGCUCUCUCUCGGGUCGGUGGCAACAGUUAACAAUCUGAUUGCUUGCACUGUAGAGAGGAUCAAAGCUGCAUUGUCUUGCGACACUGCAUGAAUUUCAUGACAUAACUUUAGUUAAUUUUUAGUGUUUUGAGGUGGAGAAAGGAAGGUGAAGGGAGAGAAACACAGACACAGAUGGUGGUAAGGGAUUUGGGCUUAUACACAGGAGGAGAGAGAGAAGUCAAGAGCGCACCUUACAUGAUCCUUAAUUUGUAACUUAAUUAAGAGAUUAGGGGUUCGGGAUUUGACUUCCUCGAACAAUGUUAAAGGCAAAUUAAGCGCUUAAGACCUUAUUUUUAGGAUAUUUGAACUUUCCUUUCACUUUUCUUCAACCUUGGAUUCAGGAUUAUGGUUUUGCAAUGGAUAUUGCUUUUCUA